GUUAUUUGUUAUUAUUAUUGUGCCUAUGAUCCAUACCGUCUCCCAACCUUAGAUUACUUCUUAUUUGUUUCCCCAUCACCUCCCGCGCGUGGAUCAAUUCUAUCUAAACUUCCACACUCCCCCUUGCUCUACUCCCGUUAUCGCAUGGUCCGCGCGUAUCGUCAUGUCUUCUGGAUUGCCAUACUUGCAAAAGCUGCGCAAGGCGCAGCUAAUUGAAUUCGCUGAAAUUGUCGCUCUUCAAGACUAUGAAGACGACACCAAGCCUGACCUUGCCGCCAAGCUGGACGACCACCUCCAAGCUAACAACUCCAUCUUUGGAAAGGACAAGCGACUAGCAGAUUACUACAAGCGCACGUCGCAAUCGCCCUCGUCUCCCGUGAAGAGGACCGCCAGCAAGGCUAGCAAGAGCGAGACCACGCCUAUCAAGGCUGAAGCCUCGAGUACAAGCUCAGCUGCCCCCAAGUCUGCCCGUCGGCGACAGACCAAGGCAAGAGAGGAAGCAGGGCCUUCCGAUGUUCCCGCCAAUGCGCCCUCGCAACCACUUAUAGAUGUAGCUGUUCGGGACGUGUCUGCUGUGACCCCCGCACGCCCUCUUCUCGAUGCAGCCGAACAAACUCCAGCUGUGGGCUCGGAAUCUCAGCGUCAUCGACUGCCCCCGUCGCCUGCCGUGGUCACUGAGGCUAUUGAGCGGCAAACGACUGCAUGGCGCCAGAGCAUCGGCGAGGCUUGGGAGGGUUCCGGUGUUCAGGAACACUCAAACUCGCUGCGCACAACUCUCAGCAGCGUCAAGGCUGUUGAGGUGAUUGUCACGAUUCUUGAGGGGUUCAGCCUUAUCAGGGAGGUUCUGCCGCUGCGCUAUCUUGCUACGAUCCCUUCGAAUGAAGCUAUUCAUUCCCCAGCGGUUCCGGUCAAGGUCCCUGAUCUCUUCGUGUUGGUUGACAGCGCGUUCUGGGCGCCGGUCUCGCUGUGGAUCCUUACAAGUGUGCUCCUGCCUUUGACCGUUGCUUAUUUCUUCAACAUUAGCUUGCAAGUCACGCAGUCGGGUAGUUCUGGUGUCCAGACCCGCCGCCGCAGCAGCACUGCAAGCAGUGCGCAGGCAACUUUUGAUCCUCUUAGCUUCAACAUCGCCAAGGCAAUUGUCGCGUAUAUUGUCUACGCGCACGGAUUUACCUUCUGGAAUAUCUAUGGCAGGGACGCGAUUACAACAGUCAACGCGUCCAUCCCAUUCCAAUAUGCAGGGAUACUGACUGGUACUGCGAUCGGCACCGUCGGUACUCUGUAUGAGGCUAUUCUGAGGAAGUGAUCGACUUCCUUGCGAGUAAAGCUAUUUUGAGGAAGCAAUGGACUUGCUAGCUCAUAAACGGUGUAUAUCAGUGGUAGGACCCGUGACAUGGAUAUGGAAUGUAUGAAGAUCCGAAAGACAGUUUGUUUUUGUUUUUGUUUUUUUUUUGUUUUUUUGGUAGAUGAGCUCGCGAGCUUGGGCGAUUUUUUGUUGUUU